AGAUGUCAACAAUGUCUUCCUCGUUCCAGUCCUUUGGGGUGAAAGCUAGAAAUGUGGUUGUUGUUGUAAUUUACCUUCUUUGUCUCAGCAAUCAGGUCCAAGCAGAUCUAGGACUACUGUAUGCACAGAAUGAUAAGGACUCAACAUCUUCAGGCUUAUUUUGUGUUGCAUACAAUCCUGGUUUUCAUGAAUUACCUAAGACAAGAGAGGAAGCAUUGAGAGAACCUUUUCUUGAUUUGAUGCCACAAAUACUCUGUGAGGAUGGCACCUUCCCAAACAUGCACAGUAAGUGUGUGGCUGUCCAGAGAGGCAACUGUACAUUUAGUGAGAAAGCCAGGAUUGUCCAGGGCCAUCAAGGUAGGACAGCCCUGGUGGUCAGCAAGGAGCAGAAUUUGGACCAGCCUUCAGCUGCUAACAAAUCUGAUUAUGAUUCCAUAUCUAUAGCAGUUGCUAUUAUACAUCACAAUGAUUAUGAGCAAAUUAAGACACUAGGGUCCAAUUUGAGUGUAUGGCUGUAUUCCCCAGAUGGGCCAAAAGUAGACUACAACAUGUUCAUCAUCUGGACUUUAGCUGUGGGGACAUUGGUCAUUGGGGCUGAAUGGUCAGGAAGAACAAAACACAAACAACGGAAAAAAAGCCGCAGCAGUGAGGAAGAUGUGGAAGGUCAAAGAUCUGAGGAGGAGGAUGACACAUUUGAUCUGUCACCUAAAGUUAUCCUGAUAUUUGUGGUUCUGAUGUGUGGUAUGAUAGUGGCAUUGUAUUUUCUCUAUGACUAUCUUGUAUACGUGCUGAUUGGGUUGUUUGUCAUAGCUUCAUCAUGUGGAUUGUACUUCUGUUUAGAGGCACUUAUGUCUAAGACAUCUUUAGGAAAUUGUAGGAUUCCACCAAAUAAUCUCCCUGUAUUUAAGUAUCAACCAGAGAUCCGUGCAAUAAUACUAGCCAUUGCAUGUUUAGGACUGGGGAUAUUCUGGGCCAUAGAGAGAAAAGCAAGUUAUGCUUGGAUCUUUCAAGAUAUCCUUGGGGUUGCCUUUUGCAUCAAUAUGUUGAAAACUGUAAGACUGCCACAUUUUAUGGGUUGUGUAAUUCUGUUGGGGUUAUUGUUGCUAUAUGAUGUGUUCUUUGUCUUCAUCACUCCUCUUCUGACUAAGUCAGGUGACAGCAUUAUGGUAGAUGUCGCCACUGGAGGCAGCAGUCGCACAGGAGAGCAGCUUCCAAUGGUGUUGAAGAUACCUCACUUGUCUACAUCCGAAUAUACCAACAUUUGCCCAGUUCUUUCUCCAUACUCAUUACUUGGGUUUGGAGACAUCAUUGUACCAGGACUGCUUGUAGCAUACUGCUAUGCAUUUGACUUGAAAGUCCAAAGCAAAAGAAUAUAUUUUAUUUCCACAACUAUUGCUUAUGGAUUGGGGCUCAUCAUAUGUUUUAUGGCUCUGGCAUUUAUGGAAAUUGGCCAACCUGCAUUGCUGUACCUUGUACCUUGCACAGUUGGGACAACUGUUGUGAUUGGCUGGGCCAGGGGAGAGCUACGUCAUCUAUGGAAAGGGGAUCUGAAAACAAAUGGUGCUCCUCAGAAUUCCAUUCAAGAACCAGAUGGAGAAGGCACUGAGGGAGAAUGUCACCAAGAUAAUCUCAGUGAAGAUGAGACCAGAACUCUCUUAAAACACACAGCCUGAUAAAUUUAAAAUGUCAAAAUAUAUUAAAAUACAGGGAUACAUGAAGCUGAUAAUAUGUAUAUUUCCUUGUACUGCUCACUGACUUUUCUAGCACAAAAGUUUCUUUUUAAGAAUAUUUCCUGCCAUAAAUUUUUACCACAAGAACUUAAAAAUGAUUAUUAAAAAUACAAAUUAAUUGCUGAAAUAUUAACCAGUGAGUAACAAUACAAGUAAAAAGAUUUUUUGAAUAAUGUUUUUAUUAUACUUUCAGUUUGUUAAAAGAGAGAUAACUUUGUCGAAAGAAAAUGAAAAAUAUUUAUAAUAAUCAAUUCAUAGCCAGUUUUCUAGCAUUAUUCUGUAAGCUAAAAUAAACUUAUUUUCUUAUAUAAUAAUGUUAUAUUGUUCAAGCAUUUUAUGCAGAAGUCUGGAUAUUUAGGUGUGAUAUUAUGGAAUGGCAUUAUGGUUCUCUUGUGUGCUUUAAAUGAUCACUAUAUUACCCUAUCCAAGCAUGCAAACUAUUUACGAAAAUGAGUUUGUUACAAACUAUACGCCUUGUUUCAUUUUUUGCCACAUGAUUAUUUUCUUGAUAUUGUGCCAUAUAUGUACAUCUUACUCCUUAAUUUAUUAAUUCAAUUAAUUUUCCAUCUUGCAAAAUUUUCUACUUAAGUUUGUUAGCAUGCAUUUAAGUUUAUCUUUAUGCUUUCUUGUAAUAUUCUAUGUAAUGUCUGAAUCAUUCGAAAAAUGCCAGGUGGUAUUACAUUUCUAACUACUAUAAAUGCUCCUCAUGCAUUGUUUAGAAAAAGGAGGUACAUUUUCAUGACUAUUGUAUAAGGAUAUACAAGCACUGUUUAUGUAUGAAUUAAGGACGAAGUAAAUGUGGUAUAAAUGUCUGUUGGAAAUCCCUGUUACUGUUAUAAAGUUUCUAAGCUGUGCGUAUUUAAAAUAUUUGUAGAUUAGUUGGAUACAUUUGUGAAAAAAAGGCCUAUAUUUGUGUAAAAAUGUUGAUCAGAAAUCAAUAUGGUUGGGGCAAGGUUAUCGACAUCCUUUAUGUUGAGAGGAUGGAUUAUUGUUAAUUUUGGGGGGGAAUGACAUUAAC